GUGGGAAAACGUGUUUUGCGGGAAAAUGGAAUUGUCCUCUGGAAAACUUGCUAGGUUUGCUGAUGGAUCUGCUGUUGUUCAGCUAGGUGACACAGCGGUGAUGGUCACAGCAGUCAGUAAAACAAAGCCUUCUCCAUCUCAAUUUAUGCCAUUAGUGGUUGACUAUCGUCAGAAAGCUGCUGCAGCAGGAAGAAUUCCUACAAACUAUCUAAGAAGAGAACUUGGUUCCACUGAUAAGGAAAUUCUUACCAGCAGAGUAAUAGAUAGGUCAAUUAGACCGCUCUUUCCAGUAGGCUACUUUUACGAUACGCAGAUCCUUUGUAAUCUUUUAGCAGUAGAUGGUGUCAAUGAUCCUGAUGUCCUGGCAAUUAAUGGAGCUUCUGCCGCACUUGCGUUAUCUGAUAUCCCAUGGAAUGGUCCUAUUGGUGCAGUAAGGGUAGGACUGGUUGAUGGAGAAACUGUUAUCAAUCCAACUCGAAAACAAUUGUCGUCUAGCACUUUAAAUUUAGUUGUUGCUGGAGCCCCACAAAAUCAAGUUGUUAUGUUGGAAGCAACAGCUGAGAAUAUACUGCAACAAGAUUUCUGUCAUGCCAUCAAAGUAGGUGUGAAACAUACCCAGCAAAUAAUUCAGGGAAUUCAACAGCUAGUGAAGGAACGAGGUGUUGUCAAGAGAACUGUUCAGAAGUUAUUUGUUCCUCCUGAAGAGAUUGUGGAAUGUGCUAAAAAACUUGCUUUUAACAAGAUCUACGCAGUAUUCACAGAUUCCAGCCACGAUAAAAUUUCUAGAGAUGAAGCAAUUAACAAAAUAAGGCUUGAAACAGAAGAACAUUUGAAAGAAAAAUUUCCAGAGGCUGAGCCUUAUGAAAUCAUGGAAUCUUUUAAUGUGGUUUCAAAGGAUAUUUUUAGAAAUCUUAUUCUGAAUGAAUAUAGAAGGUGUGAUGGAAGAGAUUUGACUUCCAUCAGAGAUAUUAGAUGUGAAGUGAGCAUGUUUAAGAUGCUUCAUGGAUCAGCGUUAUUUCAGAGAGGUCAAACACAGGUUCUCUGUACAGUUACAUUUGACUCAUUAGAAUCAAGCGUGAAAUCAGACCUUAUCUCAACAGCUGUGAGUGGAGUAAAAGAUAAGAACUUCAUGCUGCAUUAUGAGUUUCCUCCUUAUGCAACUAAUGAGAUUGGCAAAGUUACUGGUGUGAAUAGAAGAGAACUUGGACAUGGUGCACUUGCAGAGAGAGCUUUGAAACCAGUUAUUCCCCAGCAUUUCCCAUUCACAAUACGAGUUACUUCUGAAGUUUUGGAGUCAAAUGGAUCCUCCUCAAUGGCAUCUGCGUGUGGUGGAAGUUUGGCAUUAAUGGACGCAGGAGUUCCAGUAUCCAGUGCAGUGGCAGGUGUAGCAAUAGGCCUUGUUACCAAAAGCAAUCUGGAAAAAAAUGGUGAUCUUGAGGAUUAUCGUUUGCUGACAGACAUCCUGGGAAUUGAAGAUUACUAUGGUGAUAUGGAUUUCAAAAUGGCUGGAACUAAUAAAGGAAUAACUGCCUUGCAGGCUGACCUAAAACUACCAGGAAUACCAGUAAAAAUUGUAAUGGAAGCUAUUCAGCAAGCCACAGCUGCAAAGAGAGAGAUUUUACAAAUCAUGAACCAAACACUGGCAAAACCCAGACCUAACAGAAAAGAAAGUGGACCUGUUGUAGAAACCAUCCAUGUUCCAUUAUCAAAAAGGUUACAAUUUGUUGGUCCUGGGGCAUACAAUUUGAAAAAACUUCAAGCGCAGACAGGUGUAACACUAAGUCAGCUGGAUGAAGAGACGUAUUCUGUGUUCGCUCCAACACCUAGUGCUAUGCAUGAAGCAAGAGAAUUUAUCCGUGAAAUCUGCAAAGAUGAUCAAGAACUUAGCCUGGAAUUUGGUGCAGUCUAUACAGCCACAAUAACUGAAAUUAGAGAUUCUGGAGUAAUGGUAAAAUUGUAUCCAAACAUGACACCAGUGUUGCUUCAUAAUUCACAACUUGAUCAAAGAAAGAUUAAACAUCCUAGUGCCCUGGGAUUAGAAGUUGGCCAAGAAAUUCAGGUUAAGUACUUUGGACGUGACCCAACUGAUGGUAGAAUGCGGCUUUCCCGUAAAAUUCUUCAGUCACCAGCCACAACUGUGCUCAAGACCCUUACUGACAAAAAUAGCAUUGUCAUGGGAGGUACAGUUCCACAGUCAUCUAGUUCAUCCCAGUGACUGGGGAAAAGGCCUAAUAGUUCAUGGAAAUAUAAGCGAUCUUCACUAGAAUCUGCAGAUGGAUGAUAGUGAGUCAUGUUUUUAAAAGAGAAGCUAUUCACGCUUAAAGGUGAUGUAGAACUUCAAAGUCUUCAAACAGACAAAAACCUUAAAAAAAAAAAAAAACAAAAAACAGUGCUCUUAUCUUGCAUAGCGUGCGUUAGCGUGGGUGAGGAUCUAAGAACAUGGAAUUGUAUAGACCGGAGAGCAGAUUAUUUAUUUUUUAAAUGCAUUUCAAUGCUUAAGGUUCCUCUUGUUACCAUCUCAAAAUAAAAUUGCAAAAAUGAGAGAGAACUAUUUAGCAGUUGUUUCCUUGGAGAAGGAAUUGUCCCAUAUACUCGACUGAUGAGAUAUGAGAGGAGUUGAAAGGCACACGUGGCCGGCGAAAGCGUUACUGGCAUUUCAGUGUACACGAUGGAAAGGCUGAGCAAAAGGUAAAAACUUACAAGAAGUAUCACCUUUAACAUGACUGGUACUGUUUCAGAUAAAUCCAUCAAUAACUGUCAGUAUUCUGACUGCAAUGAUGCUAGAAGAUCUGAGCAAAAGGAGGACAAAACAAAGAACCUGGCUGAAACCUGAUCAUUUAUUCUGGGAUCAUUAGCACUGAAUUUUAAAAUAUAUAAUAAAAAACUAGGAUUAAAAUAAUUGUUUUGUAAUAAACACUGGACAUGAUA